AGUAACAGGAAGUAACAGGAAGUGAGGGUCCAGAGAAACAGCUCGGCUCUCAGGCAGCGGUCAGGCCGACAUCAGCGCUCCACACACGGCUUCAUGUAGUUCCAUUCUCCGCGGCUCCUCCUCUUCCUCCAGCUGCUGCUGCUGUUGUGGUUGUUGUUGUUGUUGUUGUGGUUGUUGUUGUUGUUGUUGUGGUUGUUGUUGUUGUGGUUGUUGGUGGGACUCGGUCUGACCUGAGGUUGAUGGUUUGAAGACGGAACAGAAGCUGAAGUUUUCUGAAUGGAGACUCGCAGUGAGCGGAGGAGGCUGCUGGAGGACGGCGGAGGAGAGGAGGACCCGACCGGACUCAUGUCUGAGCAGGACGCUUACCUGAGUAAGGUGAAGAACAGGAACUUGUAUCUGGCCACGUUUGUGUCCGUCCUGGGGCCGAUGAGCUUCGGCUUCGUGCUGGGCUACAGUUCUCCGGCUCUUCCCGAGCUCAUGCAGAUCUCUGACCCGCGGCUGCGGCUCGACGACGUCCAGGCCAGCUGGUUCGGGUCCAUCGUGACGGUGGGAGCGGCGGUGGGCGGCCUGCUGGGCGGCUGGAUGGUGGAGAAGAUCGGCAGGAAGCUCAGCCUGAUGUUCUGCUCGCUGCCCUUCGUCUUCGGCUUCACCAUCAUCAUCGCGGCGCAGAACGUGUGGAUGCUGUACCUCGGCAGAACGCUCACCGGCCUCGCCAGCGGAGUCACGUCGCUGGUCGUCCCGCUGUAUAUCUCUGAGAUGGCACACGAGCGGGUCCGCGGCACGUUAGGCUCCUGUGUGCAGCUCAUGGUGGUGCUCGGCAUCAUGGGAGUUUAUCUGGCAGGUCUCUUCCUGGACUGGCGCUGGCUGGCGAUCUGCUGCUCCGUCCCCCCGACGCUGCUGAUGGUCUGUAUGUGCUUCAUGCCUGAGACGCCUCGCUUCCUGCUGUCACAGGGAAAGAGGCGCGAGGCCGAGGAGGCUCUGCGCUUCCUGCGGGGGCCGGACGCCCCCGUGGAGUGGGAGUGCGCUCGCAUCGAGAACGCCUGUGACGAGCGGGGCUCGAGUUUCCAGAUGUCCGACCUGAGGGACCCCGGCAUCUACAAGCCGCUGAUGAUCGGCAUCAUGCUGAUGAUCUUUCAGCAGUUUACGGGGAUCAACGCCAUCAUGUUCUACGCUCAGAACAUAUUUGAACAAGCUCAUUUUAAGGAGAGCGACCUGGCGUCUGUGAUCGUGGGUCUGAUUCAGGUCGUCGUCACUGCGUUGGCGGCGCUGAUCAUGGACAAGGCUGGAAGGAAAGUCCUUCUCAUCAUUUCUGGUGUUGCCAUGGUGAUCAGCACCACCGCGUUCGGAGUUUACUUCUACCUGAUGUCCAAGCUUCACGAUGGCCCCGCCUUGCUGAGCCUCCUUGGUGAGGAGCCCCACGCUGACCUGGCCUGGCUGGCCCUCGCCAGCAUGGCCGUCUUCAUCGCAGGUUUCGCUCUGGGCUGGGGUCCGAUCCCGUGGCUCGUCAUGUCGGAGAUUUUCCCCGUCAAAGUGAGGGGGGUUGGCAGUGCCAUCUGCGUCCUGACCAACUGGAGCAUGGCGUUCGUCAUCACCAAAACCUUCCAGGAUAUGAUGAGUCUUCUCACCAGCGCUGGAACCUUCUGGUUGUUCGCCUCCAUGUGCAUCCUCAACGUCAUCUUCACCAUCGCCUUCAUCCCCGAGACCAAGGGCAAGACGCUGGAGCAGAUCGAAGCCACGUUCAGAGGAACCUCAGGUCUGUGAGCUGAACCAGCAGCUGGAUGGAAAUCCUCAGCGUCCUAAGAACUUUCAGGAUUUACUGAUAAACACAGUUUGAAUCUUUCACAAACGGCAACAAUAGGUUUUUUAAAAAUGGACUAAAACGCUUGAGUCAAAGCGAGCGGAUAAAAGGCCUCGGGGGGGAAACUGUGACCUCUGAGUUGGAAGAUGGUGCCGAUACCCCUGCUACCUCCAAGAACAUAACUCGACACUGCCCCCUGCAGGCCUCACCUCUUAAUUGACACAUGCAGGUUUAAAUUCUCUGGUGUGUGGGACAGUCUGACAUUUUUGAUAUAUGCACUAAAAUGUGUUGUAAAGCUGGAAUUCAUGAACACAGUCAAAGUUUAAUGUGACACACGGGUCUCUGCUCUAAACUAUUUAACUUUGAAUGGUUUUUGUAAAAACAAAAGAGACCGAGAAACGGCAUUACAGUUUAAUGGAUUCCAGAGUUUUUUAUUGUGGGGAAGGAAACUAAAAUGUUCAUAGAUGUUGUUUGUAAUUUCUUCUCGGUUACUUUAUAUUCUCAGUCUGUUGAGGUUCCAGUUCUCAUGUUUGAUCUUAAAAUUAAAUUUUUUUUAUCCAUUUUAAAUUCUGUUUUUUAAAAAUCUCAUGCGAUGCUAAAGCAUCAGAGAACAGCAGGGACUUCUGAAGGACAGAUGCGUCUUUGUGCAGGAACAAAAUCAAACAGACUGAGUUGGCUGUUUACACUGUUGUUAUGUAACUGUGUCAUUUAUUUCAUCAGAGUGAAAUUAAAAAAGAUUAUGUGAUUAUAUCAAACACUAUCAUCAAUAGAUUUAAAACUGUAGCGAUAACAUGGAUGUGUUUUUUUAAGUGUUCUCUUGGGAUAAUCUUUUUAACUUUUAUGAUCUGAAAAUUGAUCAUCCAACUUUUACAGUUUAUAUAAUUCUUAAUAAUUAUGUUUGUUCUGAGUUCGGUGAAGCUCUGAAGCAGAGACAAUAAAUAAAGUUCCUGUUGUGUUCGGUCUGAACAGGAUCUAAUGAAGCUCUUUGUGUGUCAGUGUCUCCACUGUGACUUUCUAAACGUGUGUGAAACUGAAUCUUACCGUGAAUUGAGUCUGUGAAUAAAAUCACUGUGGUUUGUGGAA